AUGGACCUCAGGCGCUCACAGCUUCACUUCAUCCUGCUAUUGUUCACAUACUACUGCUCCACCCACAUCACUGCCAAAGGCGGCAAUGGAAUCACAGUCCAGUGCCUCCCUGACCAAGCUGCAUCUCUCCUUCAGCUGAAGCACGCCUUCCACAACCCCAACCUCUCGUCAUGGCAGCAUGGCACAGAUUGUUGCCACUGGGAGGGUGUUGGUUGCGACAUGGCCUCUGGUCAGGUGAUCACUUUGGAUCUCAGUGAUCGUAACCUGCGGAGCAUCAAUGGUCUCAGCGCAGCACUAUUCCACCUCACCUCUCUCAGAAAUCUCAGCCUCUCGGAUAACGACUUUAACCAAGCCAUCCUUCCUAGUUUCGGGUUUGAGCGGCUGACUGAGCUACUCAGUCUUGAGUUGUCUGGUACAGGAUUGGCUGGUCAGAUACCUAUUGGAAUUGCCUGCCUCGUGAAAUUGCUUACGCUAGAUUUCUCUGGUAAAUGGGAGUUAGGAUGGGAAGAGGAAGGGGAAUUAAGAGGUCCAACUCCCUUCAAUCUCUUCCCUGGGAGGACCAGAAUUCCCACCGAUAAUUACUACCACACACCAAACAUGGGAAUGGGACUAAUAAUCUACUUCCCAAGUCUAAUUUCUUCACAAAUUCCCCCUCGUAAAUUCCCAUGCCCAAUCCCUCAAGCUGCCAAACACGCUGUCAGUAAUGUCAGUUUAUCUGGGGCAAUACCAUCGCGGAUUGAAAACUUAACCAAGCUUACAUUUUUGGACUUAUCAUAUAAUAGGCUGAGCGGUAAAAUCCCAAAGGCUCUGUUCACUCUUCCGUCGUUGCAAGAAGUAGUACUAUCAUCACAUGAACUUUGUGGAACUCUAGAAGACAUUCCAGACCCAAUAUCUUCCUUCCUGCACGACAUCGACCUAAGCAAUAACAACCUUGCAGGUCAUAUACCCAAAUCAUUCUUUGAACUUUCGAGACUUCAAGUUCUCUUGCUUGACUCGAAUCACUUCGAAGGCACAGUAGAACUUAGCCUUCUUUGGAAGCUAAAGGCACUGGAUUCAUUGUCGCUCUCCAAUAAUAUGUUAUCAGUCAUAGAUGUUGAGGAUGGAUAUCCAUUUUCUUACCCCCAUAACAUCAGAAAACUAGAACUAGCAUGUUGCAACCUUACAAAAAUUCCAAUUGCAUUGAGGUAUGCAAAUGAGAUGCUUUACUUGGACCUCUCAAACAACAGAAUAGAUGGAGUCAUACCAAGUUGGAUAUGGGUGAACUGGAAGGAUACUAUAGGGUUGGACCUCUCACACAAUAUGUUCACUGGCCUUGAGAACUCUCCAUCUGUCGUUCUUAUGCACAAUUUAGAGAUUCUCGAUCUUAGUUCCAAUAAACUUCAUGGCAGUGUACCUAUACCACUCACAGCUAGCAACUCCCAAGUUUUAUUGGAUUACUCAAACAAUAAUUUCUCUUAUAUUAUACCUGACUUUGGUACAUACCUGAGGGAGUACUACCUUAAUUUGUCCAGGAAUAAAUUAAGUGGUCACAUACCAAGGUCGAUUUGUACCCAACAGGAACUUGAGGUCCUGGACUUAUCAUAUAACAAUUUUGGAGGCAGGGUGCCGUCCUGUCUAAUACAAAGUAGCAGCAUCUCGAUAUUGAAGUUGACAGACAAUCAUUUCCGUGGGAAAUUGCCUGGAAAUAUUGUAGAAGGAUGUAUGCUUCAGAUAAUAGAUUUAAACAGCAACCGAGUUGAAGGGAAAAUACCCAGAUCACUAUCGAAUUGCAGAAGUUUAGAGGUUCUUGACAUUGGUAGAAAUCAAAUUCUUGAUACUUUUCCAUCUUGGUUGGGUAAGAUGUCUAAUCUUCGGAUUCUUAUCUUGAGAUCCAAUCAAUUGUAUGGCUCAAUAGGAGGCCCUGCUGAAAGUGAUGCAACCAGUAAGCAUUUCUCGAGUUUGCAAAUUGUUGAUUUGACCUCAAAUAAUUUUUCUGGGAGCUUAAGUUUGAAAUGGUUUGACAAGCUAGAGACAAUGAUGGUAAACUCUACUGGUGAGGGCUAUGCUCUUGGCCUUCGAGGAUUGUACUACCAGGAAAUUCUCACAUUUAAAGGGGUUGAUCUUACAUUUACCAAGAUCCUGACCACUUUCAAGAUGAUUGAUUUCUCAAACAACGCAUUUGAUGGCCCCGUCCCAAACUCAGUUGGGAAGCUUAUUGCUCUGCAUGGCCUGAAUAUGUCAAAUAAUGCCUUCACGGGGAGAAUCCCAUCACAGCUUGGUGACUUGGUACAGCUUGAGUCACUGGACCUCUCUCGGAACAAGCUCUCAUGGGAGAUCCCACAGGAUCUAACCAGCCUAACAUAUCUUGCAGUGCUGAAUCUCUCCUCUAACAAUUUGACUGGAAUGAUACCAGAAGGGCAGCAGUUUUCGUCAUUCACCAACAGCUCGUUCGAAGGCAAUGAAGGGCUUUCUGGAAGGCCAUUAUCCAAACAGUGCAACAGUUCAGGUACGGGAACCCUCGACUCAUCAGUGUCUUCACAAGACAGUGUUGGAACCAUAGUGCUGUUUGUGCUUGUGGGAUCCGGUUUUGGAGUUGGAUUUGCGGUGGCAGUUGUGUUGUCAGUGGUUUUCCAGGCCAAACGCUGGAACUGCAAUCGUUUUCGUUCUACCAGUAAAUGA